CGGGGCGUGAUGCACAUAUCGAUAGCACCAGGGCCAUAGAUAGCGCCAUCGGCACUCCAGCGAGCCUGGGUGGGAGGUCAAGCGGCGAAGCUGGCGAAGCGGCGAAGUCGGCGGCACAUCGGGCAGAUCCGUCGUUUCACUCGGAUACCUUCAUCAGAAACCGGCUGCUACCUCGCGGCGGGACUUUUUUUCGAAGCUGAAGCCACUUGAACGAAGCAGUCAUGGUCGUGCGAGUUUUCAUGGGGCUUUUUAAACUUGCCACCUUGUUGGCACUUUUUCUGCUCGUCUUGCCGUUCAUUCCGAUGUCGCUGGACUUCGAACCCCAAGCAAACACGGCCAGUUUACCCGGGUUUGUGGGUCCGCUAGCACCGAACAACAAAUUGGAUGCAGCGGAGUUUCUCUUCAAAAACAAACUUCGCGGUCCGGAAUCGCUAGCGGUGUACAAAGGGAGCAUUUACACGGGGACGGAGGGCGGAGAGAUCUACAAGAUAACCGGUGACAAGGUCACGCUUGUUGCUAAACUCGGGAAGAAAUGCGAGGGACUCUGGGAAGAGGAGGUCUGUGGUCGACCCCUGGGCAUGCGCUUCGACAAAGAGGGAAUAUUGUAUGUCGUCGACGCCUACUACGGUCUCUAUGCAGUCAACGUCAACACCGGGGCGGCCCAGCACCUGUUGCCGGCUGGCACGGAGGUCGAGGGCAAACGCAUUCUCUUUCUGGACGACCUGGACAUAGACGACAAGGGCGCCCUCUACAUCACAGAGGCGAGCGGCAAGUGGCAGCUCAACAAGAUCCUCUACACCGUAAUGGAACACGAGGACACAGGGAGGGUUUUGAAGUUUGACACCAAGACCCGCAAAACCACAGUGCUGAUGAAGAACCUCCGGCUCCCCAACGGAGUGCAGCUCUCCCAAGACAAGCAGAGCCUGCUGGUCUGCGAGCUCAGCUCACGGAGGGUGCUCAGGCACCACCUGGGCGGAGCCAGGAAGGGCCAGACGGAGGUGUUUGCCGACAACUUGCCGGGAGAGCCGGACAACAUCCGGCCCAGCAAGAGCGGCGGCUACUGGGUGGCCUUCGCCACGGGACGCGGUAACGACAGCACCAACAUCUGCGACCUGGUGGCCCGGUACCCUCUGGUCAAGAAGGCCACUAUGCGCUUUGUCUACCUGCUCGGCGUGGCGGUCAACUACGCCGCCCGGUUCUACCCGUCCCCCGCCCUCAAGGACCUCGGCGCUCAGCUAGAGAACGGCUGGGUAUUGUAUGGCUCCUUCCCGAAGUACGGCCUGGUGGUGGAGUUGGACGUCGGCGGCCGUAUUGUGCGCAGCCUGCACUCUCCCCAGCCCAAGAUUCACAUGCUCUCUGAGGUGCUGGAGCACGAGGGACACCUCUACCUGGGCUCCUACCGGAACCCUUACCUCGGACGCGUCAAGCUUUAACGGUUCAACACGUAGUAUGGAGAGACUCCGGAGGAUCGAACGCCGUGAAACGAGCCGGAAAAAUCGGCACCUGCACACGGAAAAUUCAAAACACUCACUAGAUAUUCUAUAAGAAAACGGGUCGGUACCUCGUGUAAUUUCAAGGCGCAGUUCUAUUCCUAUAAAAAAUGAGAACAACAAACUUGCUAAUGUCGGGCACGUCUGCAGGCAGAGGGGUAAAGGUGGGUGAGGAGGAGUGGCAAAUCCCGUGCGCCGACAUCCUGGGUCCCAAGUGAAAGAUUGCGAAAGAGAGCGACAGAACACGAGAGAAAGAAACCAAUGUUGCCAGCUGAAGGACGACAGUCGCAAUGGCAAUCGCGAAGACUGAAAACUCUCAGCAAUAUAAAUAGUGAUAAUUUAGCGUUGUAAAUUAAAUUUUGAGCUAUUCUAAGGUUUAUAAAAAGCAGCAUACUCAUUACGCUGCAUUAGCUUCCCAUCUGUCGAAAUCUCGGAAGUCUGGUGGUUGCGCAAUUUCGUAUUUCCGGGGCGCGGCCACCGGCGAAGCCGGUUAUCUGGUUUAGAUUAGUGUUGACGGGAGGCCGCAUAUCUGCGCGCUAUGCGAAAAAAGCUUCGGAAGGAACGCGAAUAUUUUUCCACCGGUAAGUUCGUGGAUUGUUGAAGUUCAUAAAACUGCUCUGAUGAUAUAAUUAUAUUUGUGAAAUCGAAGGGCAGUUGGUAACCAUGUCUGGGAUCCCGAGGGUCUGCCUGCAUGCUCCGCCGCUUGCGGCAGCCAGAAUGCAUGGGAAAAUGGCGGACCUUUUCCUUUAGAGUUAGUAUGUAUGAUGUCUAUGAUGUCUAUGGUCUGCAGGCAGUCGAGCUAGCGAAAUUAGGGAGGCUCAAGUGAGGGUGGGCGCAACGCAAAACCUGGAGAGCGUUUGCAAUUUAAUGGCGGCGCCUGAGGGAGAGGAUUCGAGAAAGGAUAUGCGCCAAUGUUGCCUGCACGAGAGCAGGCGCCCGCUCUGUUGCAACUCUGUUGCUCCAUACGCCUUUCCUCCUCUCGCCUCUCAUUGCAAGCAACGAACGCCUUGGCGCAGCCUCUCUCGCUUCCUUCUCGCUCCGAGAAUUGCAAACGUCGAGAGGAGAAAGCAGGGUUGCCAGACAAGCAGCAACGCUCAAGAUGGCGAAAUUUACCAUUUUUCGCUUUAAAAAAAUACUUAACCUAUCGCAACAAAACUGGUGGCUAUAGAAACGUAAUCAUUUAUACCUUGUGCAAAUUAUUCAAGCACCUUAAUUGGCUCUUAUGACCCGAGUUAGGAAAUAAAACGACCCCUUGCCCCAUAGACCCCCAGCAAAAUUUAGCAAUUAAAUGGCGUCCAUGUCCCGUGAUCCCCGAUCUAGCAGUUGCACCCACCCUCAUACUUGAGCCUCCCUAAGCGAAAUUUUUAACUCAUGGUGUCAUGUACUGACGGGCGUAGCGAGCAGACGACGCACUCUGUCGUCUGCUCGCUGCGCUGUCAGCAGAUGGCGUCGCUGACUUGAUUGCGAAGAUUGCGAAUGCACGCAAUGUUGUCUUUGGCAAGUUGGUUGCUCUAAUUUGUUGCAGCAGGAGAAACCGCACCUUGAAAUUACACAAGGUAAAACUAACUUGUUCAUUGCAUAUCCAGUGAAAGGUCGAGCUUUCUAUGCGCAGGUGCCGAUUUUUUUCGGCUCGUUCUACAGUGUUGUAUCCGCUGGAGCUGCCCUCCAGAUUAUCUUAACUGUGGCCAAAGGGAGAGAACAACAGGCAAUUGCCCAAACCUUGGCGUCGGGCUGCCCAAGAGUGUCAUCAGGGCAGAGUUUCUUGUUCCGGACAUCUUGGGGGCAGCUUCCCCCUCAAAGUUCAGAAGGAAGGAAGGCACACGUUCAUUACUUAGACCACAUCGCCCGAACACGUGUGAAAAUGUUUAUACUAAAACUGAAAAUACGUAAUAAAUUGUUGAACCUUC